AUGACCUUCCCUUCUCGCGUGCAAUUGCUGCAAUUGUUUGGAAUUUUUCUCGCUCGGAAGGGAGAACAUAACUCCAGCGCAGUAGUUGGAGGGAAGCGACAGCUGCUGCAGCAGGGCGGCCAGCAGCGGUCAAAGGUAAACGCUAGUCCAGAAGGGACCGACACGCAGGAAGAACAACAUGCAGAAGCAAACUGGUCGAUUACGAACAAUGCAUCUCAAAUUAACAAUGAACUCAGUGUUCGGCCAGAUUGUGAACCUCGAACUGCAGGACGUGACGAAGAGGGAGGCUUUGCAGUUGCAGAUGGAAAUAUCCAAUUUACGUUCGAAAAAAAUUAAAUUAAAAUAAAAUGACCAGAAAUACGAGAGAGAGAAGUGAAAUACUCAAAUCCACAAUGAACAAUAUUAUAAAUUGUGAUAGUUAUGAACUGCAUCUCAGGAUAACUCAAGGCAAACAAUCCAACAAUUUUGUGACAAAUUUUAGGCGUAGGUUUAUUUCAAUUACAUCAUAAUUGAACAGCACACCAGGAAAGUGUGUCUGCACCGAACAGAGUCCAGGGCUGACACCGUCGCCGUGCCCGGCCUUAACAUCACCACCGUACGCGACACAAUACUAAAAUUUUUUAACGUGGCCUCUGCCACGCAUCUCCCUAUUGGAGUCUGCCAUCCCUCUUCCUUUUCGUGCGCGACAUUGAGACCCCACGUUAAAAAUUGAAGUUAUAGUUGUCGCAUGUGUACCAUGACCCCCCCCCCUCCCCGGAUGGUCUAUUCGUUGCCCAGUGAUCUCUCAACGUGAACAAUUCAUCAUGCAACAAUACAUUAACUUUCUACUCUAGAGCUCACUGUCUGCCUGGUGCUUGCUAUACCAACAUUAUUUUUGUUGAUAUCACUCUCAUCAGCAUGGUCACUGCGGAGAAAUUUUCGGCACACUGUAUUUUAAAAUGUGAAUUAAUGUGUGGUAUGCAAUUAAAAAUAUUUUUAAUUAAACUGUAUUCAUUCACGUGAAUUAUUUCCUGUUUUUGUAAAAGACAUUUGAGUAUACUUUGUGAAA